AUGGCAGGCCACGCAGCAGGAGCCUCUUCGUCACGAUGGUACAAGCCCAUGCCUGGGUUCCACCCACAUCAGCCCGCGUUCAAGCACCGAUGGGGAGCCAAGCUGCUCGGUGCCACCAUGUGGUUCUGGAUCUUCUACCGCGCUAAGCAGGACGGCGCUGUUCUCCUUGGCUUGAAACACCCUUGGGACGGCCACGGACACCACGACGAGCACCACGACGAGCACCACUAG